AUGACUCUCAAUCGCGGGGCCUUCUUUUCGUUUUUCGAUGGUCAGAUAGAAGCCCACCAAAAAGAUAUCGACUUCGAAGCCGAUGAAUCCAGCGACUAUAUUGAAGCGUUCUUAAAGGGGAAAAGGCGUCGUGAAGCAAACGGCGACAUUACAUACAGCUGCAAAGCAUGUGUCUCGACUUGUGGUUCGCAGGAAUGGAAACCACUGCUAACACACUUUCAUGAGUGUGUGCACGAAGAAUUAGACCGUGAAAUCGGAUCUGGUCGUGCGAUCACGAUGUCGGAUAAGAAGAGCGUACCAUAUACAAAUGCGGAAAUCCAACGUAUGGCCGACUUACUAGCAAUAAAUCUUCCUCACGAGACUAUGUCCAGUCUAGGAGGGCAAAUGGAGUCCUCCAGCUCGUACGGCAGUCAUCGCCCAGAUCAGUAUUUCGCUCUUCACAUACCUUCAAUCCCAGCAGAUUCAUUGAUGAAAAUGGAGAGGAAGAAGGUAUCGCGCAAACAAAGCGAGUUAGGAGUGAAAGAUGCUCAAAAAUUUGUUAAGGUGGAAGAACUCAUACCGUUUACAUUCGGAAAACGGCAAUGUCUUGGGGAAGGAUUGGCGAGAAUGGAACUUUUCUUAUUUACUGCUAAUCUUUUCAAUAGAUAUUUUUUAGCUGUCAUGUGUUAA